AUGCUGGAAACGCUAUAUAAUGUCUCGAGAAGGACAUCCAAUCAAAUCUAUAUGGUGUUGAUUAUACUUCUUAUACUAAGUCAGGAUUCCUCUUUCAAUGCCAGCAUUCACAAGCUGGAGCGCCGUCUUCAUGAAACGUCUCUUGGCUCUCUCAUGGUCAUAAUUCUAAUAAGGACUGUGAAGUACAACCUGUCUAAGCUGCGGUUGUUGCCCAUGCUGGAAACGCUAUAUAAUGUCUCGAGAAGGACAUCCAAUCAAAUCUAUAUGGUGUUGAUUAUACUUCUUAUACUAAGUCAGGAUUCCUCUUUCAAUGCCAGCAUUCACAAGCUGGUAAGGAGUGUGUUUAUACUGCCUAGUGUCCCUUGGUACCAGGAGCGCCGUCUUCAUGAAACGUCUCUUGGCUCUCUCAUGGUCAUAAUUCUAAUAAGGACUGUGAAGUACAACCUGUCUAAGCUGCGGUUGUUGCCCAUGCUGGAAACGCUAUAUAAUGUCUCGAGAAGGACAUCCAAUCAAAUCUAUAUGGUGUUGAUUAUACUUCUUAUACUAAGUCAGGAUUCCUCUUUCAAUGCCAGCAUUCACAAGCUGGUAAGGAGUGUGUUUAUACUGCCUAGUGUCCCUUGGUACCAGGAGCGCCGUCUUCAUGAAACGUCUCUUGGCUCUCUCAUGGUCAUAAUUCUAAUAAGGACUGUGAAGUACAACCUGUCUAAGCUGCGGGAUGUUUAUCUACAUACAAAUUGUCUUGCAACCUUGGCGAACAUGGCACCUCAUGUCCACCGUCUAAGUGCAUAUUCAUCACAGAGAUUGGUCAGCCUUUUCGAUAUGCUCGCACGCAAGUACAACAAAUUAGCAGAGCAGAAAAACGACAAGAUGCAUAUAGGCAAUGGUGACUUAAGAGAAGGUGACAGCCUUCCAGAAGAUAUGUCAACGGAAUUGUAUAUUUAUACUGACUUCCUGAGAAUUGUUCUAGAAAUAUUGAAUGCAAUCCUAACUUAUGCAUUGCCGCGGAAUCCCGAGGUUGUUUAUGCAAUUAUGCACAGACAGGAGGUAUUUCAGCCUUUCAAGGACCAUCCACGCUUUAUUGAGCUGCUUGAGAACAUAUUUAAUGGGGUCUGUGGUACAUUCUCCAAUUUUCAGUUUCGGGCCAUUCUUGGAACAUGGGUGUUUGAUGAUUUGUGUUUCUAUUCCCUAACUUCGGCAUUUUUCCCAUCUUUCAAAUCAGAUCAAAAUAUCGAAAAUCUGGUUAUGCAUAGUGUGCUGAGUUUCAUUGCCAAAGUAGAUGUAAGUGCCAACACAUAUCUCCUACACCAGGAACUGCUUAACUUCAUGCUCAUCACAAUGUCUACUCAGCUUCUUUCUGGGCCAUCACCGGGACCAAACGAUGUUCACCCUUUCAUUGAUGCAGCGAUGGCUCAGGAAAGUUCUUUGGUUGGUUUGAUUGUUCGCAAACUGUUACUUAAUUACAUCACACAACUCCGGUUUGCAUUAAGCAGUUCGUCUUAUAACCUAUUUUCUGAAGGAAACCAGCCUGGUGUCCUGCAGAGAGUUGGUUCUGCAGCCGCAAGUUUUGUGCUAUUGCCAUUUAGUUUCUUUGCCAAUUCAAGUGGUGAAGCUUCAACAAGUCAUUUGGCAGACAGCAGCCUUAAUAUUUUACUUGUACUCGUUCAUUAUCGUAAAUGCGUUUUGGUGGAAUCGGUGAAAGAUAGAAUUAAGGGCAUUCCCAGUUCAGAUUCUCCACCAAAAGAAGAAACAUGUUUUUCUGAAAACCCUUAUUGCAAGGCCUUAGAGAAUGCUCGAGAUAUCGAAUUUGAUCGAGUGGAUGUUGAGGGGAAUGCACACAAUGGCCCACUUGUGAGACUACCUUUUGCUUCUCUCUUUGAUACUCUUGGCAUGUGCUUGGCUGAUGAGACUGCUGUCCUUCUGCUUUACUCACUGGUGCAGGGGAACUCAGACUUUCUGGAAUAUGUUUUGGUGCGGACUGAUCUAGAUACAUUGUUGUUGCCCAUGCUGGAAACGCUAUAUAAUGUCUCGAGAAGGACAUCCAAUCAAAUCUAUAUGGUGUUGAUUAUACUUCUUAUACUAAGUCAGGAUUCCUCUUUCAAUGCCAGCAUUCACAAGCUGAUACUGCCUAGUGUCCCUUGGUACCAGGAGCGCCGUCUUCAUGAAACGUCUCUUGGCUCUCUCAUGGUCAUAAUUCUAAUAAGGACUGUGAAGUACAACCUGUCUAAGCUGCGGGAUGUUUAUCUACAUACAAAUUGUCUUGCAACCUUGGCGAACAUGGCACCUCAUGUCCACCGUCUAAGUGCAUAUUCAUCACAGAGAUUGGUCAGCCUUUUCGAUAUGCUCGCACGCAAGUACAACAAAUUAGCAGAGCAGAAAAACGACAAGAUGCAUAUAGGCAAUGGUGACUUAAGAGAAGGUGACAGCCUUCCAGAAGAUAUGUCAACGGAAUUGUAUAUUUAUACUGACUUCCUGAGAAUUGUUCUAGAAAUAUUGAAUGCAAUCCUAACUUAUGCAUUGCCGCGGAAUCCCGAGGUUGUUUAUGCAAUUAUGCACAGACAGGAGGUAUUUCAGCCUUUCAAGGACCAUCCACGCUUUAUUGAGCUGCUUGAGAACAUAUUUAAUGUCUUGGAUUUUUUCAAUAGCCGCAUGGAUGCCCAUAAAAUGGAUGGUGAAUGGUCUGUGGAGAAAGUACUCCAAGUCAUAAUCAUUAAUUGUCGAUCUUGGAGAGGUGAAGGAAUGAAGAUGUUUACUCAAUUACGCUUUACAUACGAACAAGAGAGUCACCCCGAGGAGUUUUUCAUUCCUUAUGUUUGGCAGCUAGUUGUGACUCGCAGGUUUGAUAGGGCAAUGAAUGCAGGGGUUUUGGGGCUUCUUCGGGGUGAUUUUCGGGCCAUUCUUGGAACAUGGGUGUUUGAUGAUUUGUGUUUCUAUUCCCUAACUUCGGCAUUUUUCCCAUCUUUCAAAUCAGAUCAAAAUAUCGAAAAUCUGGUUAUGCAUAGUGUGCUGAGUUUCAUUGCCAAAGUAGAUGUAAGUGCCAACACAUAUCUCCUACACCAGGAACUGCUUAACUUCAUGCUCAUCACAAUGUCUACUCAGCUUCUUUCUGGGCCAUCACCGGGACCAAACGAUGUUCACCCUUUCAUUGAUGCAGCGAUGGCUCAGGAAAGUUCUUUGGUUGGUUUGAUUGUUCGCAAACUGUUACUUAAUUACAUCACACAACUCCGGUUUGCAUUAAGCAGUUCGUCUUAUAACCUAUUUUCUGAAGGAAACCAGCCUGGUGUCCUGCAGAGAGUUGGUUCUGCAGCCGCAAGUUUUGUGCUAUUGCCAUUUAGUUUCUUUGCCAAUUCAAGUGGUGAAGCUUCAACAAGUCAUUUGGCAGACAGCAGCCUUAAUAUUUUACUUGUACUCGUUCAUUAUCGUAAAUGCGUUUUGGUGGAAUCGGUGAAAGAUAGAAUUAAGGGCAUUCCCAGUUCAGAUUCUCCACCAAAAGAAGAAACAUGUUUUUCUGAAAACCCUUAUUGCAAGGCCUUAGAGAAUGCUCGAGAUAUCGAAUUUGAUCGAGUGGAUGUUGAGGGGAAUGCACACAAUGGCCCACUUGUGAGACUACCUUUUGCUUCUCUCUUUGAUACUCUUGGCAUGUGCUUGGCUGAUGAGACUGCUGUCCUUCUGCUUUACUCACUGGUGCAGGGGAACUCAGACUUUCUGGAAUAUGUUUUGGUGCGGACUGAUCUAGAUACAUUGGAUUCCUCUUUCAAUGCCAGCAUUCACAAGCUGAUACUGCCUAGUGUCCCUUGGUACCAGGAGCGCCGUCUUCAUGAAACGUCUCUUGGCUCUCUCAUGGUCAUAAUUCUAAUAAGGACUGUGAAGUACAACCUGUCUAAGCUGCGGGAUGUUUAUCUACAUACAAAUUGUCUUGCAACCUUGGCGAACAUGGCACCUCAUGUCCACCGUCUAAGUGCAUAUUCAUCACAGAGAUUGGUCAGCCUUUUCGAUAUGCUCGCACGCAAGUACAACAAAUUAGCAGAGCAGAAAAACGACAAGAUGCAUAUAGGCAAUGGUGACUUAAGAGAAGGUGACAGCCUUCCAGAAGAUAUGUCAACGGAAUUGUAUAUUUAUACUGACUUCCUGAGAAUUGUUCUAGAAAUAUUGAAUGCAAUCCUAACUUAUGCAUUGCCGCGGAAUCCCGAGGUUGUUUAUGCAAUUAUGCACAGACAGGAGGUAUUUCAGCCUUUCAAGGACCAUCCACGCUUUAUUGAGCUGCUUGAGAACAUAUUUAAUGUCUUGGAUUUUUUCAAUAGCCGCAUGGAUGCCCAUAAAAUGGAUGGUGAAUGGUCUGUGGAGAAAGUACUCCAAGUCAUAAUCAUUAAUUGUCGAUCUUGGAGAGGUGAAGGAAUGAAGAUGUUUACUCAAUUACGCUUUACAUACGAACAAGAGAGUCACCCCGAGGAGUUUUUCAUUCCUUAUGUUUGGCAGCUAGUUGUGACUCGCAGUGGUUUCAGUUUUUAUCCCAGAAGCAUAAAUUUGUUCCCAGUUGACCUCCCUGUAGAAGAUAAUUAUACAGGAAGCGAGUCCGAGCAGCGACAACAAGGUGAGAUGACUGGAUUGAAUGGGCAUGGAACUCAGGUAGAGGCAUUGAGUGUUGAGGGGCUUUUGCUAUUAGUUGGGUUUGAGGCAUCUCCAAUGUAA